AUGGAUGGAGCAAAUCGAACUGCAGUGACAGAGUUCAUUCUCCUGGGAUUUUCAGGCUCUCGCUCCCUGCAGCUCAUGCUCUUUGUCACCUUCCUCACUGUGUACCUGCUCUCCCUCAUGGGAAACACCCUCAUCAUCUUCAUUGUUCUCACGGACUCCACACUCCAGAAACCCAUGUACAUCUUCCUAGGGAACCUGUCCUUCUUAGAGAUCUGGUACACCACAGCCGCUGUGCCUAAGCUGCUGGACACCUUCCUCUCCACAGUUGUCACCAUCUCUGUUCCUGGAUGUAUUUCCCAGCUCUACUUCUUCUUCUCCAUGGGAGCCGCAGAGUGCAUCUUGCUGGCCACAAUGGCCUAUGAUCGAUAUGUAGCCAUCUGUAGCCCUCUGCGCUAUUCACUUCUCAUGAAUGCUCAGAUCUGCCUCAAGUUUUCAGCUGGGUCCUGGGUUGGGGGCUUCUUUGCCCCUUGCCCCACUACUAUACUCAUCUCUCAACUAAACUUUUGUGGACAGAAGAUCAACCAUUUUUUCUGUGACUCAGACCCUGUUUUCAAACUCUCUUGCUCAGACACAUUCUUUGUAGAAGCCCUGGGCUACACAUGCACCUCAGUUGUGAUUCUAAGCUCUUUCCUUCUCACAGUCUCCUCUUAUGGCAAUAUUGUGGCAACAGUGGUCAGACUGUCUUCCCGAGAAGCUCAGAAGAAGACUUUCUCCACCUGUGCCUCCCACCUGACUGUAGUCACCAUCUACUAUGGCACCAUUAUCUUUGCCUACGUCCGCCCUCCGGCCAAGUACAACUUCACCAUCGGUAAAGUGGUCUCUGUUUUCUACUGUGUGGUCACCCCUCUCGUAAACCCUCUCACCUACACCCUGAGGAACCAGGAGGUGAAGAAAGCCUUCAAGAAAUGUGUAGCACAACGGAUGUUUGUAUUUACUAGAAAAGUUGGGAAGUUUUGA